UGCUUUUUAACAAAAAACAAAACAACGAAGAAAUUUUACAAAGAACGAAAUAAUUUCAAAUUAAAUUUAAAAAAAGAAAUAAAAUUAAAAUUUUUAAAAUUAGUUUUAAUUUAUAUUGUGUAGUUGAUUUAAAAUUUUUAAUUAAUUUUAUAAAUAAAAAAAAAAACAAAAAUGUGGAACUGCAGUCGGAACACAAAAAAUAUUUUAUUUAUUAUUUUAUUAGGAUUAAAAAUUUCAUUAACAGUCAAUGCACUUGACGAAUCAGACACAAAAUUAUUAAACCAAAGCAAUACAACAGUAUUAAAUGUACAUAAUUUGCGUGAUAAUUGGCCGGCAGAUUUUAUAAGAGCAGGAGAAGAAGAAGAUGAUGAUCCUUUAGCUGAAUUUCCAAAAGAUUUAUUUACAGAGGAACAAAGGAAACAAGGUGCUAUCAUAUUACAUUUAUUAUGUGCCAUAUAUUUCUUUACAUUAUUGGGCAUUGUUUGUAAUGAUUAUUUUUUACCAUGUGUUGAAAAUAUUACAAAUGAUUUACAUAUAUCAAAAGAUGUUGCUGCAGCAACAUUUAUGGCAACAGCUACAUCUAUGCCAGAAUUUUUUACAAAUACUAUAAGUACAUUUAUUACGGAAUCUGAUAUGGGAGUCGGAAAUAUUAUUGGUUCACUUAUGUUUAAUACAUUAGGGGUAGCUGCAUUGUCUGGUUUAGCUAUUAAAAAGUCUGUUCAAUUAGAUUGGUGGCCUGUCAUAAGAGAUUGUAUAUUUUAUAGUUUUAAUACAAUUGUUUUAGUUAUUGUUAGUUGGGAUUAUGUUAUUACAUUGACUGAAACAUCCGUUAUGGUUGGACUUUUAGUACUUUAUUAUGUUGUUAUGUUCACUAAUAAGCCAAUUAUGAAAAGAACAAGAGUAUUAAUUGAAGAUAAAUUUAAUUGUUGUAAUUCAACAAGAUAUGAUUUUACUGUACCACCUGAAAGAAGUUCAAAAGCAAAAUUACCAAUGGGUAAGACUGGAAGAGAAGAACCACAUCAUCAUAAUAUUUUUAUAAUAAGUCAAAAAAGUUUUCAUCUUAAUAAUGAAUUAAAAGCUCCCAAUGAUGUUGAAACUGAUUCAGACGAUAAAAAUGAACCAAGCAGUUUAUUUAAAAUACCAAAUGGAAUUUUUGCAAAAAUGUGGUUUUUCUAUUCAUGGCCACUUAAAUUUAUUUUACGAAUAAUUGUUCCUGAUCCAGUUAAAAAUAGAAAAUGGUAUCCAUUAACUUUUAUAAUUUGUAUAAUUUUUAUUGGUAUUAUUUCAUAUAUGGUUGUAUGGAUGCUUACAGUAUUUGGGGUUACAUUAAGUGUGCCAGACAUUGUCAUGGGUCUUACAUUUGUUUCUGCUGGAUCAACGAUGCCGGAAGCUAUGUCAAGUUUAUUAUCUAUAAGACAAGGUGAAAGUGGUAUUGGUGUUAGUAAUUCAUUAGGAGCAAAUUCAUUAGCAAUUCUUUUAUCAUUGGGUGUACCAUGGUUUAUUCAUAAUUUAUUACAUCGAAAUGAUGAUAAUUAUUAUGGUAUUGAAAUUGGUUCACAAGGAAUUCAAUAUACAUUUGGAAUUUUAUUAUUAUCAACAGCUAGUCUUUUUAUAAUAUUAUCAGUAUCAGGAUUUAGAUUACGAAGAACUGUUGGUUUUUCAUUAAUAUCAGUUUAUUUAGUUUUAAUAGUAGUACAAAUUUUAAUUGAAAUGAAAGUUAUUCCAACAUAAUUUUUAACAAGUUUAAAAUUAUUAUUUUUACAUAUAAUUUAUAAAAAAAGAAUGGCCAAGUAGUACUCGAUCAAAAUAAAAUUAAUUUCUGGAUAUUUUGAGUUGUUAAAAAUUCCCAAUUUAAAUUAAUAUAUAAGAAAUAUUUCACAAAUAAUACUGAUAAGCUCAGCUUGUUAUAAAAUUAAAUUGUUACUAAAUUGAUAUUUGUUUUAAAUUAUUUUUCAUUAAUCAAAAUAGUUAUAUAAUUGUAUUGUUACAUUUUAUAUGAAUUCAAAGAAUUGUUAAAUUAAAAGUACUUAAGAUUGAUCUCGAAAAUAUUAAUAUAAAAUUUAUGUAUAGACAUUGAAAAGAAAAGGGAUUAACUCUAUGGAUUAACUAGGCAACCAAAAUUUAUUUAAUGUUAAUUAAAAUUAAAAUACAGAAAUUACAGACAUUUUUAUAAUAAUCAGGUCACAAUUAUAAGCUCACAGAGAAAUGUAAAAUUAUUUAAAAAAAAAAAUUUAAUGAAAACUAUAGGAUAUUACAAUUGAAAUUCAAUUUAAUAGUGCGCUACGUUUUAUAUAUCGUUUAAAAAAAUUAAUAUUUAGAAAGGUAUGACGAAAAUUUAAAAAAAUUAAAAAAAAAAAUAUUAAAUAAAAUAUUAUUUACAAGACAAAAACAUCUUAAUCUGUUGACGGGCACCUUAUAUUUCUCAAAAAAAUUUAUUUUGCAGGCCAAAUUUAUAAAAUUGACAAAAUUUGAAAUAUUAUAAACAAAAUAUAUGAAAGACAAAUGAACAAAAUACUUCAGAUAUAUUUUUUUUUUGUUUUCUUAGCAAGUAGAUCUUGAUAAGAGACUUUGAUAGCCGUCAAUGGGUUAAAUGUUAAUAUUUAUUUUAUAGAAUAAGCAUUAUAGUUUAAGUUAUU